AUGGCUCCAAACUCCCACAACACUAAUAAUGUUCUCCUUCUCAUCCUCCUCCUCCUGGUUUCCUUCUUCGGUUCUUUAUUUUUGGGGAAUGGCGCUGCUAAUGCUAUCCUUGACGAGAAGCUGAGGCUGGCUGAGAUGAACAGAAUCAGAAUCAGCGUCAGCCAAAAUGGGAGUGCAGAUUUCCGCACCAUCACUGAAGCCCUUGCGAGCAUUCCGCCACACAAUCCCAGGAGGGUCGUGAUCUUCGUCGAAUCGGGUGUUUACAGAGAGAAGAUUGCAAUUCCCAAAACAUUGCCCUUCAUUACAUUGCGGGGAGACGCUGGCGGCGACCCACCAACGAUCACAGGAAACGACACCGCUUCUGUGCCGGGGAAAGAUGGGAUGCCGCUCACAACAUUUCAGAGCGCCACCGUUGCUGUGGACGGCGAUUAUUUCGUUGCCGUCAACAUCAAGUUUGAGAACACAGCUCCGCAUGUGAUUGGGUCUAGAGGAGGACAAGGUGUGGCCAUCCGAGUCUCUGGAACCAAGGCUGCGUUCUACAACUGCAGUUUCUAUGGCAAUCAAGACACUCUCUAUGAUCACAAAGGCCUUCACUAUUUCCAGAGUUGCUUCAUCCAAGGUUCCGUCGACUUCAUUUUUGGCUCCGGCACAUCCCUUUACGAGAAUUGUGGUUUGAGAUCGACGUCGAAGAAAGUUGCCUCAAUCACGGCGCAAAAGAGAAGCAGUUCGUCACUUGCCAAUGGGUUCUCCUUCAAAAACUGUUCAGUGACUGGAACCGGCAGGAUUUAUCUUGGUCGGGCGUGGGGUGAUUAUUCCAGGGUGGUUUUCUCCUACACUUACAUGGACCAGGUUGUCCUCCCUCAAGGCUGGAACGACUGGGGCAAAACUGAGCGUGACAGAAGAGUGUUCUAUGGGGAAUACAAAUGCAGUGGCCCAGGUGCUGAUGUGACAGAGAGGGUGCCUUGGGCCAGAAUACUGAGUGAUGAGGAGGCCAAACCUUUCUUAGGUACUUACUAUGUUGAUGGAGACAAAUGGCUAGUAGACCCACUCACUGAGUGA